AUGAAUAAAAGCAAAGAAGAAUUUGGGAAAGUGCUUGAGAAGUUUCUCAAGGAUGACAGAAAGCUAUAUGAUAUUGAUUACAGGGAAUAUCUUAAGGAGUUUGGUUACAUGGAUGAUUCUUCAAAGUCUAUUAUAUCCUGCUUUAAAAAAGUCAUUUCGUUCUAUCCUAGGGUUUGGGGGGACAGCUGCUUGUCACCAGAAGAGCAAGAAACCUUCUGGAAGUUCUACUUCCUUUUCCCAUUUAACCCACUAUCAUUAGCUCGUGAUUUUGAACAAAAGAGUACAACUUUCAGUGACGGUUCAACGAAUAAAAUUACAAGUUUAUUUCUGUCUAACCACUUAGGCUAUAAAAUUGAGGAAGUUGUUCACAGUGAUGAAUUGAAAGAGAUGUUUGAUGAAUUUUUCGUGAGACUUACAUCAAAAUGUAAAGAAUCUGGGUCAACUCCUGAUCUUUACGAUGAAACCAAUUCAUUAACCGGUUCUUUAAUUACUGGUUGCUAUGCUGGUCGUGUGCACACUUCCGAAGCUCUAGCAAAAGAUAUUUUUAGGUCAAUUUAUGCUAGACCUUUAUCCAGUUUGAUGCGUUAUUGUUUUGGUAACCAAACCAUGGAGCUCCAGGAACAUCAAAUAAAAAUAGAAGGACUUCCUAAUAUCAGCAGCGAUUACGCAAUCUGUGAUAAUCCAAAUGAUAUUUUAUUAAUAAUUGAGAUCAAAUCUUACAACAUUCAGGAGUUUGUACAGUUGAUGAUUAGACCACCUUCUAAUAAUGAGAGACAUCAAGCAACAAAAGAUAAGGUAAGAAGAAUAUUACAUCAAUGCUUUGCGUAUAUGCUAGCUAGUAGCUGUGAAUUCGGUUUCCUCUAUGAUGGAUUUAAUUUUUUAGAACUAACGUUCGAUUAUAAAAAAUUGGCUGGUAUUGUUGAAAAUGAUGAACUUAGUAUCCAUUCAAGAGACUCAAGCGAGGAACAGACGAUCCCUUUGAAAAUAAAUUAUUUUACAACUGGGAGCACAAAUCCUGGAGAAUUAAACUCCGUAAUGAGGCUAUGUGCCAGACUUUAUUCUAUUUUGAAACAAAAAGAACUUGGUAAUUUGGAACGGACCAGAGCUUUUAUAAAGUAUUACCAAAACAUUUUAAAAAUGUCACCAGAAGAAGUUGCCAAAGAAAUCAAAAAUAGAGCUGAGAUUUAUUAUGGUAAGCAUCAAUUGGAUAAUUUUGAUGAAUUAGAAUUAGUUGGAAGUUGUCGAAAACUCCAAGUCGGGUUCCAAUGCAAUUCCCAAGUUAUUGAAACCACAAUAGAUCAAUUAAAAUGCUUGAUCAAUCCUGAUACUUUACAAAUGGUUGAUGAAAAUCAUAAAGUGGUGAUGAAAAUAUAUGAUCCAGUUAGAAGGUAUUUUAGUGAAACGGAUGAAAUGCUUGAGAACUACAAAAUUCUUGAAACUCUUCAAGAAGCAAAAUCCAAUGAACUUCUCAUAUAUCAGAAAAUCAAAGAAUACAAUGAAAAGUUAAAGGAUGAUUCAUCAAAUAUUAUAAAUGCUCCUAUGAUUUACAAACACGGAAAUAUAAAGCUGACAUUGGUCCUUGAUGGAAAGGUGGAUUUUUUCUCCGGUGGUUAUAUCAUAAUGGAUUCAUUGAAUGGGAAACCAAAUACAGAAGAACAUUUUGAACAGGGUGAAAAGCAACUUGGGUUAUUGCACAGUAUUGGGCUAUCACAUGGUGAUAUUAAAAUGUCAAAUGUUUUCUAUGGUAAUGAUAUAUUCACAUUUAUUGAUUAUGGGUUUUCACAUUCUGUUAAAACCAAUGCAAGUGGAUCUAAAGGUUUAUAUUCUGGUGAUUUUCGAGAAUUCAAAAGACAAGAUCUAUAUGAUUUGGAAGAGCUUAAAAAUAAAACAUUAUUGCAAUUACUUGAUCAAUCGGAAAAUUGA